GCGUGUCCGCUGUACUCCCGUGCCGCCAUGGCAGCGCUGCCCGGUGCCGCGGCCCCGCGGCUGCUCCUCAUCCCUAGCAAAGCGGCCGAGGCUCCCGGCCACGCGGCUGCCCGGCAUCUGUCCGUUGUCCUGCCGACGGGAGCCGACCCCGGCGUCCCGGGGAUGGAGACCACGCAGCCGGCCCGCAAGCGGCAGCGGCUCACGCAUCUGAGCCCGGAGGAGAAAGCGCUGCGCAGGAAGCUGAAGAACCGGGUGGCGGCCCAGAGUGCCCGCGACAGGAAGAAGGCGCGGAUGACAGAGCUGGAGCAGCAGGUGGUGGAGCUGGAGGAGGAGAACCAGAAGCUGCUGCGGGAAAACCAGCUCUUGCGGGAAAGGACGUGUAACCUCGCGCGGGAGAACCAGGAGCUCCGCUGCCGCCUGGGUUUAGAUGCUCUGAAGACGGAGGAGGAGGGUGAUGAACGUGGUGGAGAGGUCCGCAGCACUCAGACUACGUGUUCCUCUGCAGCAGGUGCAGGCCCAGCAGUCACCAUUUCUGAUAGUUUCCACAUGGAUUCUGAUGGUGGGGAUUCUUCAGACUCUGAGUCUGAUCUCCUACUGGGCUUUCUGGACAGUCUGGACCCAGAGAUGUUUCUCAGAUAUGCUGAUUCAGAGUCAACGUGCCUGGAAAAGCUGGAGGAAGAGAUCUCUGGAGAAACAAAUUCCAUACCAACCGCCCUGUCUCCCUCUUUGGGGUCCCCAUCAGCUAAGCUGGAAGCCAUUAAUGAACUCAUAAGGUUUGAUCAUGUGUAUACAAAACCCCUAGUAGUGGAGAUUCCUGUCAAAGUGGGCAACCAAACCAAUAUGCUUGUGAAAAUCGAGAAAGAAAAUAUCUCCUCAUCUGAUGACAAAGCCAUCCCUGAAGUCCCAGUGUCUGUGAAGAAGGAACCUGUAGACAGCUUCAUGCCUGAACUGGGCAUUUCUCAUCUGCUCUCUUCUUGUCAUAGCCUUGAAGCCUCAAGCUACCUGUUGGAUGGCUGUAGUGACUCUGGGUAUGAAGGAUCCCUGUCGCCCUUCAGUGAUACAUCGUCUCCGCUUGGCGCUGACCACGCGUGGGAGGACAGCUUUGCCAAGGAACUCUUUCCCCAGCUCAUCAGUGUCUAACCUGGUAGUGUUAACUCCCCUUGGAUAAAUGUCCUGGAAGAAUAUCAGCAUAUGCUCCUUUGGAGGGGUGUAUGUGGGGAAAAUCCAGUCCAUACAGAAAAGUGUUUCUCAUCUUUACCCAUGCUAGUAGAUAGCAUGAGGGUAUGAAAAAGCCUAGGGUGUCCUGUCCUGCCCUGGCUGCCCCAAGUCAGUGUUUGCUUAGGAGAGAGGCAGGUUUGUUACUCAAUAACUUGCUCAUCCUCUAUGUACCUGAAAAUGUUUUGUUUUCGGGUUAAAAUUUUAAUACCAAAAACUCAAGUGGGAUAUUCAUGUAUAGACAACUGGGCUAGACCUUAAUAGUCUCUUAAGUCUCACAGCUUCACUAAAUGCUUGUUUUCCAUUUGCUAUGUAGAAUUGCUUUGUCCAUUUAAUAUUUAACUGUAUCAGUGCAAUUAAAAUGCAGUGCAGCUCA